AUUCCCACUACUUCAUAACUUCAUUCAUAUGGUUCAAUUGAGUGAGUGCGGUUCCGUUUCUUCUCAUCCUUUCUGGGUCCGGUUUCUUUGGGAUCAAGCAUCAAGAAAUCAUUGGUGUUAUCCAUGAGAUUGGUAAGACAACAGUGAUUGGUGAUGGGAAAAAAACCUUGCACUAAUAUUGUGCUGAGAGAUGAGAGUGAAAAUUUGGUGGAUGUGACCUUAUGGGAUAGUUAUUCUGUGCAACUGAUGACAUUUCUUACUAAGCGGAAAGAUAGAGGGUCAGUUGUUUUGAUAUUAACUCACGCUCAAUGCAAGCUUGCAGAUAAUGGUAAGCCAAAUCUUUGCAACAAUUGGUCGGAUUCUAAGUUGCUUAUUAAUUUGAAGCAUCCAGUUGUUGAGGCGUUUAGAGCUAGGCUGAAAAUAUUUGUCCCCAUUGCACUCCUAGCAUUUUCUGUUAUGGUUUCAGUCAUUUGGACCAAUGACACUUUGGAGCGCUCGAAUGUGGUUUAUAGCAGCAUAGAUAAGCUUUCAAUUUCAAAUAUUUUGUUUGGAUCAAAUAGGUGCUUCGACAUGAGGAUCUCAAAGGAGCACCUCUUUUGAUAUUAGCAAACAAGCAAGAUCUCCCUGAAGCAGUAUCAUCUGAAGAACUAGCUCGGUAUCUAGAUUUAAAGAAGCUGGACGAAAGAGUCUACAUGUUUGAAGCCGUGUCAUCAUAUGAUGGGCUGGGGAUCAGGGAAAGUGCAGAAUGGCUUGUGGAAGUAAUGGAGAGAAGCAAGAGGGCUGAAAUGUUGAGAUUGUGAGCAGGUGCAAUGGGUCCAGGUCCUGCCUAGAGGUCUUGACAUCAAACUAAAAUGACUACUCCAUUCAUUUAUAGCUUUGUAUAUCCAAAUUGGAAAGUACAUGAUUAGAAGUCAUUAAGAAGAAAAAGGAGACAAACAAUUUGCUGCUACAUUAAACUGAGCCUUGAAAUUAUGUCAGCCUUUGUAAUUCAGCUGUUUCAUACAAGGCACAGUCUUCAGUAUCGCAUAAAGCAAGUUUUCUUCAAACAUGCCCUUUAUAAUUAAUCCAUCAAGUGCUUGGACUGGAGGGUUUUCUCCUUCUGCCUCCUUCCAUCCUUUUGUCAAUUCUAGAUUUAAAUUCCUUAUUUGAAUAAAUAUAAUUUACUUUGCUUUCUGUAGCAUUAAUUAAAUUCCCUAUUUGAAUAAAUAUAAUUUACUUUCCUUUCUGUAGCA